UUAGUGUGACACCACCCGAGAGCUUUUCCGGUUGUCAUUUUGACAGUUAUGGCUCAUUCACGGUCGCACAUUUUUUGUUUUUGUUUUACAAGAAUUUACACUUAUCACCAUGCAAACCAACAAAACAAAAUCAAAUUCCAAUUUAACUUUAUUUACACCAAAUUUUAAACGCAAACGAAUAUCUCAAUUCAAGACUCCACAUGAUAUCCUCCCGACGUGUACCUUAGAAGAUCAAGUCCAAGGAUUAUUCACUGGUUUCACAGUAGAGGUAAGGAAUCCCGAGCAUAUUCGUAGACUAUACGAUGCCGGUUGUUUUGGAAAAGGAUCAAAAUCUCGUAGUUGUCCAGAAUUUAUUAAACAAAAGUUAUCAUUUGAUGAAUUUAAUGAUGAACUUAGUGAAAGUCUACUAUUAGACUUGGAAGAGGCGUUUUUCCUUGCUCAUUUUCUCAAAGUAAUACAAAUAGAAGAUAUCAAUGGAAUUUUACUGAAUUCAGAUCAAAUUUUUGAGAAAUUCAUAAAAGUAAAGCCUAAUUUUGUAGAGAAUUUAGUAGCCUAUCUUUAUUUAAGAGCAAAAAACUGGAUUGUUAGAAGUGGCACUAAAUUUGGAGCCAAUUUCUUGAUUUACAAGAAAGGACUGCGAUUCUUUCACGCCAGCUUUAUCGUAUUUGUUGACCUGCAAGAAGAAGCCCACCAACCAAAAGAUAUCAAAGGAAUUCAAAGAAUCGCUGAAACAUCAGACAAAGACGUACUCCUUUUAGAAAUCAGUCGACCAAAAGAAAUGGAAAAUAUCUUACAGAAUCUGGACAAAUUUACUCUUUCAGAAAAUAUUAUUAAACGAUUUAACUACAGUGCAUUUGUUCAGUCAAAAUAAAAAUAUAGAAGAAUAAAUAACAUUUACAACCUA